AUGAAGACCCCCGUCUCCGCCGCUGUGGCCGCGGCCAUCGCCGUCGUCGGCCCCGCGCACGGCCUCCGCAUCCUGCAGACGUCGCAGGAGAGCUGGGCCGACCUCACGGUGCGCAACCUCCACGCGGAGCUCACCGCGUCCAACCACAGCGUCGUGCUCCUCGGCCCGACCAAGCACUGCACCAACAGCGGCUCUACCGACGACGACCCGACAGUCCUCACCGAGGCGUGCCAGUUCGGCUCCUGCCCGGCCGGCGCCAACUCCGUCUUUGGCUUCAACGAGACCGACCCGACGCUGCAGUGGCUCAACGCGCACCCCCAGACGUGCAUGCACUCGGGCGCAAGCCUAAAGAAGCACUACCCCAAGCCCGACAGCUGGGCGAACCAGACGGCGCAGCUGGGCGUCGCCGGCCCCAGCAGCUCGCCCACCAGGUUCUUCGACUUUGGAAGGUGGAGCGAGUGGUCCUCCACGGCCUACGCCGCGGCCUGGGCGGCCAACCAUGGCUUUCCAGGUAUUGCCUUCGGCUCGCACCAGGGCGGCAAGUCGAUUGCCUGGAACGACACGGAAACGGAGCCGUAUAACCACAUCUACCCCAAGCUGGCUGCGCGGUUGAUCAACGAGCUCGCGGCGGGCGGCGACCCGCUCCUCCCGCCGAGCGUCUUCCUCGCCGUCAACUUCCCGCCGACGACGAACGGGUGCGACCACCCGGACAAGUUCAAGUGGGUGAUGACGCACCGCCGCCAAUGGGGCGACAGUUGGGGCGCUCAGAUUAGGCACUGCAACCGCACGAGGCUUCUUGGCGACUGGGUUCACCUCCGGCAGCCGAACCAGUGUCAAAUCUCCGUCAGCGCCAUUGGGGCCGUGCACCUGAAGACUGAGGGCAUCAGCGUGCACAAGACGUUGCUGGAGAAGCUUGGCCACUUGUGGUAUUGCGCCGAGCCCUACAACGAGGACGAAGAAGAGUGUCCUGGCUGUUGGGGACCCAGUGAUAUCGGCUCGCCGCCACCCCUCGACUAG